CUUUGCUUUCUGAUAAGAAGCCGAGUGUCCAGUUAUCAGGGGCGGAUCGGUAAAUCAGUAUUAAGGCAUACGCAUGAUAAUGGGCAGCACGAGACAAAUAUGUAUUUGCUUAUAACGCAAUCAGAUCGUCGAAACUGGAAGAUAUCUUGUGCUUGCAGUAGGGACAAUUUCCAAUCGAGAUGGCAGAAGACAUGAAAAAUAAGGGAACACUUUUCAUUAUCACACGAAACGAUGGGGAUGCGGUUUUCCGUAUCGCGGUAGCCCAUGCAAAUACCACAGUCAUCUUCCCCCUCGGCACCGGCCGCCGCUGGAUCGAUCGGUCGCAUGGGAAAGGACAUUUUGUCGAAUAUUCUCAGCAGAUCGUCGUCCAUGGUAGCUUCUUCGGAAUUCCGUGUUUACGUUUGAACAUUUUCGAAGUUUGGCGCCGGUUUGACGUGCGUGCGAAAAGAGGAAAAGAAACCGACGGCGCGGGGAAGAAGAAACCGGGAGUCGUCAUUCGCGGAAUCAUCAGGGAAUCCGGACACGCAAAACGCUCGCCUGCCAUGGAUGCGAAGGAGGUAACGAUAAUUAUCAAGUGGAGUGGCAAGGAGUUCCCGAUCGAGGACCUCACCGAACACGACACAGUGGCCGUGCUGCGGCACGAGAUUUGCAAAAAGACACAGGUGCGCCCGGAGCGACAGAAGCUGCUGAAUUUGAAACAUAAAGGGAAGCCAGUGACGGAUGAUGUGAGGCUCGGGGUCCUAGAACUGAAGCCCAACUUUAAGCUGAUGAUGGUUGGGUCGCUGGAAAGCGACAUUAUGGAGGCAUCUUCACGGCCAACCGACAUCGGUAGCGUCGUGAACGAUCUGGACAAGGAGGAGGAAGAUAAUGUGCCGCUGGAGAACAAGGAAAUCUAUCUCACAAAGAUCAACAAACGCAUUAAGGAGUACACCAUCAAGGAACUGAAUCCGCCGCGGGAAGGCAAACGGCUGCUGGUGCUGGACAUCGAUUACACCAUCUUCGAUCAUCGCUCGGUGGCCGAGAACGGCGCCGAACUGAUGCGACCAUAUCUGCACGAGUUUCUGUCGGCGGCCUAUAAGGAUUACGAUAUAGCGAUAUGGUCGGCGACGUCAAUGCGAUGGAUCGUGGAAAAGAUGAAACUGCUCGGCGUGACGGAUGAGUCCCGGGAUUACAAGUUGGUCUUCAUGCUCGAUGAUGCGGCCAUGAUCACCGUGCUGUGUCCGCUGCGUGGCGUUAUCGAGGUGAAGCCGUUGGGCGUUAUCUGGGGAAAGUAUAGCCAGUAUUCGUCGAAGAACACGAUAAUGUUUGACGAUUUGCGGCGCAACUUCCUAAUGAACCCAAAGUCGGGCCUACGCAUCAAGCCGUUCUCGGAGGCACACCUGAACCGCCACAAGGACAAGGAGCUGCUCAAGCUGGCCAAGUACCUGAAGGCGAUCGCGGAAAAUUGUGAUGAUUUCGAUACGCUGAACCACCGGCGAUGGGAGGACUAUCUUUCGAAGAAACGUUCCAGCUAAUGCUCCGUGGUAAAUACGACUGCUAAGAGUUUAUGAAACAAUCUAGUUUUAAGGCAGAUUGCUUUUCUUUAAUGAAUAAUUCUCUCAAACA